AGGUUGUGCCUGACAGGAUUAACUCGGGGAAUAGUAGUGCGGCCCAAUGUGUAUUAGGGUUAACCGCCUCGCCAUUUUCCUCCAUUUAUCCACCUGGCUAGCUUCUUCAAACGUCUUCGUGUUUCGGGUCGUCGGGGAGGAUACAAACAACGGUUUACUAUAUUGAAUUCUAUCCCGUUCCCGUCGACAUGGACGAGGAAUAUUAUAGCGGCGCGGGGGACUGGGAAGGCCCGGACGCAAACACGAGGGCCCAUAGAGCGCAUCUUGACCAACUGCAUCACUGUGUGGUACGGAGCCUGCACCGCAUCAUGCCGCAAGACUCCCCAUCGCAUAGUGAGGGCAGCUGAGAAGAUCAUCGGAACCUCUCUUCCCUCCCUAUGGGACAUUUACAGCACCCGCCUCACCCGCAAAGCCCUCCGCAUAGCGGGGGAUGCCACCCAUCCGUCACACAGCCUCUUCAGUCUGCUGCCAUCAGGGAGGAGACUGCGGAGUCUGCGGGCCAGGACUAGCUGACUCAAAGACUCUUUUAUUCAUCAGGCUGUCAGGAAGCUGAACUCGCUGCCUGCUCUGCCACCUCUACCUCUUCUGUCCUCUGCCUACCUGACUUCUGGACUCUGAUGCCCCACAAACAUGAGGAUGCAUAUGUCGACGUUGAAAAUUUGGGGAAAAUCCAAGAGGAUUGUCUGAAGAAAUUUUCCAGCAGGGAUUACAUCAUGGAGCCUGCCAUCUUUAACACCCUCAAAAUGUAUUUCCAGGCGGGUGGUUCUCCAGAACAUGUCAUCCAGCUUCUGUCGGAAAACUACUCUGCCGUAGCUCAGACUGUUAACUUGCUGGCUGAGUGGCUCAUCCAGAUGGGUGUCGAACCAGCACAAGUACAAGAGCGAGUUGAAAAUCACCUGAAGAGUCUGCUGAUAAAACACUUCGACCCCCAGAAAGCAGAUUCCAUUUUCACCGUAGAGGGAGAGACUCCUGCUUGGCUGGAGCAGAUGAUCGCUCACACAACUUGGCGAGACCUCUUCUACAAGCUGGCCGAGGCUCAUCCCGACUGUUUGAUGCUCAAUUUCACUGUGAAGCUGAUUUCAGACGCAGGUUACCAGGGGGAGAUCACCAGUGUGUCGACAGCAUGCCAGCAGCUGGAGGUUUUCUCUCGAGUGUUGAGGACAUCUUUAGCCACGCUGCUGGAUGGAGGAGAGGAGAACUUGGAGAAGAACCUGCCAGAAUUUGCUAAAAUGGUGUGUCACGGUGAGCACACUUACCUCUUCGCUCAGGCUAUGAUGUCAAUCCUGGCCCAGGAGGAGCAGGGUGGCUCCGCUGUGCGCCGGAUUGGUCAGGAAGUGCAGAAGUCGGCACACAAGAGGGGCCACGAUGCCAGUCAGAUAACGCUGGCGCUGGGUACAGCGGCAGCCUACCCCCGUGCCUGUCAGGCGCUGGGUGCCAUGUUGUCCAAGGGAGCCCUGAAUCCGGCCGAUAUCACAGUGCUGUUUAAGAUGUUCAGCAGCAUGGAUCCGCCUCCUGUGGAGCUGAUCAGAGUGCCUGCUUUUCUGGACCUCUUCAUGCAGUCGCUGUUCAAGCCCGGCUCUAAGAUUAACCAAGACCACAAGCACAAAUACAUCCACAUCCUGGCCUACGCUGCCAGCGUGGUUGAGACAUGGAAAAAGAACAAGCGAGUCAACAUAAAUAAGGAUGAACUAAAAUCAUCCUCCAAGGCCAUCGAGACGGUGCACAACCUUUGCUGCAACGAGAACAAAGGCGCCACAGAGUUGGUGGCUGAGCUUGGCACUCUGUACCAGUGCAUACGGUUCCCAGUGGUGGCCAUGGGAGUUUUGAAGUGGGUUGACUGGACCGUGUCCGAGCCGCGCUACUUUCAGCUACAGACCGAUCACACUCCGGUCCACUUGGCUCUGCUGGAUGAGAUCUGCACGUGUCACCAGCUGCUGCAUCCUCAGGUCCUUCAAUUACUCAUCAAGCUCUUUGAGACGGAACACUCGCAGCUCGACGUCAUGGAGCAGUUGGAGCUCAAGAAGACCCUCCUGGACCGGAUGGUGCAUCUGCUGAGUCGUGGUUACGUCCUGCCCGUGGUUGGCUACAUUCGCAAGUGUCUGGAGAAGCUCAACACUGACAUCUCCCUCAUUCGCUAUUUUGUCACAGAGGUCCUGGAUGUGAUUGCACCUCCGUACACGUCCGACUUCGUUCAGCUCUUCUUACCCAUCCUGGAGAAUGACAGCAUCGCAGGAACAAUCCGCACAGAAGGAGAACAUGACCCCGUCGCGGAGUUCAUUGCUCAUUGCAAGUCAAAUUUCAUCAUGAUUAAUUGAGGACAUUAUGCACCAUAAAGAUCUGAUGAAGAACACCUCUUGGACUAGCCAGUCUGAUGAUGCAACUUGGGACUUUUCUGGUCAUUGAGGUCAACUUCUUGAUCUGAUCAGAUGACAUGGCUGCAAGAGAUGUGGAUUCUUGUAAAUUUCAUUUUCUACAGUAUAGCUUUCUCUCUCAUCACAGUGAGUAAGUGAGAAGGUCACAUAGCAUCACUUUGAAGACUGAUGCAUAUUCAGCAUAUUCAUAUUGUGAGAAAAGACUUGAAUCACAAGGUUUGUAGUGUAAGGCACACUUUAAUCAGCUGUGUAGGACUCGCAAAGCAGCAGAACGUGACAGUGGUUCAACAUGCAUUUCUAAAUGUUUUUUUUAUUUUAAGACGCAAAGCAGCAUUUUGAUUUGUAUAAGUCAGCCAGUAUUUUCUAUUAAGUGUGGGAAUUUUGCUUUGUCACAUCUCAUCCUGAUAAUUUAACAUUUUACCAUUUAAGACUGUUCAACAGUCUCUGAAAAUCAAACAGUGCCAUUCAUUUGGCACUCAAAUUUAAAAUACAUUUUACACAGAAAAAUAAUUGAACAUUCCCUUUUCAGUUAUGAUUAAAAUGUAUCCACAGAGUCCUGAUAUGUCUAGACUCAGUAGUCUUUAGGGACUAUAGGGUCUCCAUAGGCACAGUCUGUCUCCAGUGCGAGGUUGUAGGAACUGCCACUUCCUCCCUUGUAAGCGCUGGUGACGAUCCUGAGCCAGCCCUUCUCACCCUGACAACGGCAACAUUUUUCAACACCAAACCAUCACAUGCUCAAAUAAUAUUACGUUGUACUUGUUCGGACAAGCGCUUACCCAUGGCUCUCCCCAGGAGUUCCUUACAAUCCAGUGCUCCACGCCGUUCUCAACUCCCCAUCCCGCCACUGACACAAUGUGGUUCACAAUGGGGUUCUCAAUGUACUCGGAGAAGAGACCACCAUUGUAAGUGUCCAGUUUGUCUGUCGCCAUGAUCCCACAGCUAAAAGCCACAAUUAUCACAGAUUACUUGCAAAUAAUACAAUGAUGCUGUUCUGGCAUGAGGACAUGCUCAUACAGGUGUGUUUCAAGCCAUUGGAAUAUUGUAGAAAAAAAUAUUUCAGUACAGUAGCUCAAUUAAAAAAGUGAAAUUCAA